AUGGAUCUUUCAAAGUAUACUGAGUGUCUCUCGCAAUGGCCUGCCCAUGUUGCCCCCGGCUUGCCUACAUUUGGUGCCCUGUUCCUCCUGGCGACUGGUGGGCUGGUCGUGGCCUGCAAGGUGUGGACGUUCGUGCGCGUGCUUCUCAGCCUGUUUGUGCUUCCAGGCAAGCCGCUCCGCUCGUUCGGUCCCCCCGGUAGCUGGGCCGUGGUGACAGGAGCCUCGGAUGGCCUAGGCAAGGAAUUCGCAUUGCAGCUCGCCAAGUCGAAAUUCAACAUCGUUCUCGUGUCGCGCACAGCUUCGAAGCUGAUUACUCUGUCGGAGGAUAUCACCAAGCAAUACCCCAAUGUGCAAACCAAGACCCUUGCCAUGGACUUCUCGCAAAACGCCGACGCCGACUACGAAGCCCUGAAGGGCCUCGUCUCCGACCUGGACGUGUCCAUCCUCGUCAACAACGUCGGCCUGAGCCACUCCAUUCCCGUCCCCUUCGCGCAGACCCCCGCCGCCGAAAUGGCCGACAUCGUGACCAUCAACUGCACCGGUACCCUCCGCGUCACCCAGCUCGUCGUGCCGGGCAUGAUGCAGCGUCGCCGCGGUCUGGUCUUGACAAUGGGUUCUUUUGGCGGUCUCCUCCCCACUCCCUUCUUGGCUACCUACUCCGGCAGCAAGGCUUUCCUCCAGUACUGGUCUACUGCGCUUGGCGCCGAGCUCGCCCCCUACGGUAUUGAUGUCGAGCUUGUGCAGGCUUAUCUGAUUACCUCUGCCAUGUCGAAGAUCCGUCGUGCUUCUGCUUCUAUCCCUACCCCGCGCGCCUUUGUCCGGUCUGUUCUCGGCAAGAUUGGUCGCAGUGGUGGCUCGCCUUCGUAUGCAUAUAGCUCGUCGCCUUACUGGAGCCAUGGUCUCAUGGCUUGGUUCUUGACUUCUGUUGCUGGUGUUAUGGGUAAGACCGUUCUUUCCCAGAACAAGUCUAUGCAUGAGAGUAUUCGUAAGCGUGCUCUCCGUAAGGCUGAGCGAGAGGCUGCUAAGAAGAGCACUUAA